GCCCACCAUGAACCCUCUGAACCAGAUGAAGGCUGGAUUGGCCAACAACCCUCACAGCGACGGUUCGUAUCCCUACGAUCCCUCCAGCUGGCAGCAGCCGACCAAUCAGCCCACAGGAUCGCUCUCCGUGGUCACCACCGUGUGGGGAGUGACCAAUCCCUCGGCCAGCCAGGGUCUGGGUGGAGGGGUGAUGGGCCCCGGGGCCAACCCAGGCGGGGGACCCAUGAUGCAGGGCCCCGGCGGUCCGGGCCUGGCCGGAGGUCCUGGAGGCUACAUGGGGCAGCAGGGCUACGGAGAGCCCAGCAAAGGCUACAUGAACCAGGGCAUGUACGGCCGGUCGACGGGGGGCUACGCUGGAGGUCCGGGGGGCUACACGGGGAGCUACCCGUCCAACCCCGGAGGCUCUAGAGGCUCCGCCGACUUCACUCAGGCUGCUGCCGCCGCCGCCGUAGCCGCUGCCGCCGCCACGGCAACUGCCACCGCCACGGCAACCGUCGCCGCCAUCCAGGAGAAACAGAACCAGGAGAUGAACUACGGACAGAUGGGGGGUCCAGCCUACAGCAACCAGUUCAUGGCCCACAGUGGCCCCCGCGGUCCCCCAGGUAUGGCUCCUGGAGGCAUGGGCCCCAGUCCAGGGCCCACCAGGGGGCCGCCCUCCAUGGGCCCCAUGUACGGCCCUGCAGGGGGUCCACAGAGGGUCCCUCAGCCUCCAAACUACGGCCCCGGACCUCAGCAGGGACACCUGAGGCCCCCACAGGGCCUCAAACGGCCCUACAGCUCUGAGUCCUUCCCAGGAAUGUCUCAGCAGUACGGGGUUCCUGUCGGCUCCAGCGUGAACGUCAUGUCUGGUCCUGGUGGUGCCGGUGGAUCCAUGCCGGUUUCAGGUGGAGGCGGCCACGCUGGGCCCGGACCGUACUCUGGGCCCAACAUGCAGUACCACCCAGGUCCAGGUGGUCCAGGCCCCGCCCCCCAGCGCUCUGGCUCCUCCCCCUCCUAUCAGAGCCACAAGAUGCCCCUCCCACAGUACCCCCCCUCUGGACCCCCCAACUCCCAGUACUACAAGCAGGACCAGUUUAAUGGUCAGGGUGCAGGCUUGAACGCUUUGACCACAGGGGGCGCCGGCGGUGUCUACAACUCCUUCAACCAGUCGUCCGGGCCUGGCCGAGGGUUGCCAGGUUACCCCUCGUCUCCGGUUCCCGGAAACCCGACGCCUCCCAUCACCCCCGGCAGCUCCAUGGCGCCGCCCUACAUGUCGCCAGGCAACAGUGACGUCAAGCCGCCGCCCUCGUCUUUCCUGGCCGACAUCAAACCCAACAUGGCCAGCCUGGUCCCGCCCCCGCCCACAGGUAACCCCAGCGACGACCUGCGGCUGACCUUCCCGGUGAGGGACGGCGUGGUCCUAGAGCCCUUCAGAUUAGAGCACAACCUGGCCGUCAGUAACCACGUCUUCCAGCUGCGAGACUCCGUCUACAAGACGCUCAUCAUGAGACCCGACCUGGAGCUGCAGUUCAAGUGCUACCACCACGAGGAUCGGCAGAUGAACACCAACUGGCCCGCCUCCGUCCAGGUGAGCGUCAACGCGACUCCUCUCACCAUCGAGAGAGGCGACAACAAAACCUCCCAUAAGCCCUUGUACCUGAAGCAGGUGUGUCAGCCGGGAAGAAACACCAUCCAGAUCACCGUCACCGCCUGCUGCUGCUCUCACCUGUUCGUCCUCCAGCUGGUUCAUCGUCCGUCGGUCCGGUCGGUGCUGCAGGGUCUGAUGAAGAAGAGGCUGCUGCCCGCUGAGCACUGCGUCACCAAGAUAAAGAGGAACUUCAGCAGCGGGUCGAUCCCCGGGACCCCCGGGCUAAACGGAGAGGACGGCGUGGAGCAGACGGCCAUCAGGGUCUCCUUAAAGUGUCCCAUCACCUUCCGCCGCAUCCAGCUGCCCGCCAGAGGCCACGACUGCCGACACGUCCAGUGCUUCGACCUGGAGUCGUACCUGCAGCUCAACUGUGAGAGGGGAACCUGGAGGUGUCCGGUGUGCAAUAAGACGGCCCUGCUGGAGGGUCUGGAGGUGGAUCAGUACAUGCUGGGGAUCCUCAUCUACGUCCAGAACUCUGAGUACGAGGAGAUCACCAUCGAUCCGGUCUGCAGCUGGAAGCCGGUUCCCGUGAAGCCGGACCUCCAUGUGAAGGAGGAGUCGGACGGUCCGGUUCUGAAGCGUUGCCGGACCCUCAGCCCGAGUCACAUGGUUCUGCCCAGCGUCAUGGAGAUGAUCGCAUCGCUCGGCCCCGCCCCCUCCUCCUCCUCCCCGAUGCCCUACCCCCCCCUCCCUGCAGGGGGCGGGACCAGCAGCAGCACCCCGGACUACUCGGGCCCAGGUACCGGUUCUACCUGCUCAGCUCCGUCCUAUCCCGGUCAGUCUGCCGGUUUCUCAGACUUCGGUGGUCCCGGGACUCCCGGCGUUGGUGGGGACUUCUCCUCCCCCGGCCCUCCCCCCCUGUCCUACCAGUCGGAGCUGUCCAGCGCCCUCCUCACCCCUGACAAGCCCCCCCCCCACCCGCUGGCUGCUCAGAUGUCCGUCUCUGGCCGUCUGGACUCCACUUCCCAUGGUGCUCCUCUCUCCCAGCAGCAGUCGCAGGGUCUCCAUGGCAACCCCCAGCUCGGGGGCGGAAACCAGAUGAUGCAGCGUAGCAACCAGAAUCCCCGUCUCCAAGGCGACGGCUCAUUCGGUCUGGGCGGGUCUGCUGAGGUUCCAGAACCUUCUCUGGACUUGCUUCCUGAGUUGACCAACCCGGACGAGUUGCUGUCCUACCUCGGACCUCCAGACCUCCCCAACAACAACAACGACGACCUGCUGUCGCUCUUCGAGAACAACUGAACCUGAACUCGCCGCUGAGGAGUCAAAGCAGAGACUUCGCUGUAACAUAUGUUCUCUCAUCGCCCGCCAACAACAUGGCCGCCGGUCCAACAUGGCCGCCGUCUGCACAGGAUGGAGCGAAACAAAAAAGCGACUUUUAAACAUGAGAACUCUUUGAUGUGUUGACUAUGAUGAACUCGAUGGUAACUUUAUUGUUUUUUUAUUCUCUGAACUGUAUUUCGAUGCUUCAUCCUUCAUUCCGUCGGCGCCGACAGCGUCGCUGCUCGGCCGAACUGUUAAAGGGACGACGCAGCCCGGCUGUUUAACCACAAACCACAUUCACCGUUUCUCAUCUGGGUUUUCUUGGACACUGAUGAAUGAGGCGUGUAGUGAAAGCAGGUGAAGCCGUGAUGUGGUUCUUUAAAGACAGAACGUUUCUGGUCCAGAUGUAAACGCGGCGGUUCAAACAGGUGGAGAUGAGCUUUAAAGGAGCUUCUGUUGUGGAGACACUGACAGUGUGAACAAAGAGGCUUUGAGAGUCCAGAGAAGAUCAGAAAGUGACAGAACGCAGAAACAGGAUGUUCACUGAGCCACAGUGUGAGACUGAAGCUGAUGAGGAAUCAGAAGAGUCGGUUUAUUUUCUUCUCUGGUAUUGGUGGAUUGGUGUGCGGUCCAAUAAUCAUCAAACCACAGUGACAGCCGUUAACAUGGAUCAAACUCACUGUGAAAAAUGACCCAAACAAGAUCUGUGCUUCCUCCUCCUCCGGGUCUCAGUUCGUCAGUCAGCAAAUCUUUGUGUCAUUUUUCAAGCAAAAAAUUUGGGAAAAAAAUCCAAGUUCUGUCAAGACUUGCUGUUUUUAUUUGUGACUGUAAUCAGAGUGUUUGGAGGUUUUCUGACAUUUGAAGACACGUUUUGUCUUUUCACAGCCUUCAGAUGGUUGAUACGAUCCACGGUUCUUCAUAAACGUGCUUCAUGAACUAGGUUCUGAGGAGAGUUUCAGGUUUUUCACAGGUUUUUUUUUUUUUUUUUCAAAGCGUCUCGGAGAACAUUUAAUUUUCAAAGAAUGUUUUCAGGGUAUUUGUCCGUUCAGAUCAUUCUCCUCUGAGGCUGAACACUGUAACUGGAAGUUGUCAGAUUGUGUGAUAACACCUGAAGAACGUUCUCAAACCACAAUGUUUUUUAUAAAGCGGUCCUAAUGUGACAUAUAUACGAAGGUAGAAUGAUCAGCUGGUGUUGUGGGGAUGCGGUUCCGAUACAAAUAGAACGUUCUUCCAUGAAAUGUUCAAUGCAACAUUCAGCAGAUGUUUUAAGGACAUUUUUAAAUGUCCUUGGAGAACUUCUGGGAACCUAGGGAAACUUUAAACAUUCCUAGAACAUAGCAGAACCUUCUUAGAACGUCUUCAGAAAAAAAAAAUCUAGUCAAUCUCUUCGACAUCAGCAUCAACGUUCUUCAUUUAUUCUAACAGAACAAACCUCCACUGUUCUGUUCCUCACCUAGAACUGAGCUUCGUCCAGUAACCGUAUGUUCUGCUCUCUGAGUUGAUGCUGAAGCUGUUGGAUCUUCAGUGGAACCAGAAAGACGGAGAGAACCAACUACGACACUGUUCCUUGAGGUUGAGGAAGUCCUAAAUCAAGACAAGCAAACUUUCUGUUUGUUUUUAUGGCUGUAAAAAAAAAAGAAGAUUCAGAAUCCGCAGCUCUGGAUGAGACCUGUUCCUCAUCACAUCUUCAUCACCUGCAGAAACUGUCCUGAGUUAAAUGUCAAAAAACACCAAAAACCUUUAUCUUAGUUCCUCAGACUUCAGUGUCACGAAGACCCAGAGUUUAAGUUAACGUCCUGAAAACGAGGUGGAACCUGUGAGUUCAGGUUUCUCUGCUUUGACGGCAGGUUGCUGCAGCAGACGGACGCUCAGCGAUCCGGUGUGUGUCUGCAUGUGGCUCAGUGAAAAUCGCAUCUGCAAUCUGUCCCGUCUGCCUGACAGGAAACGUGUGAAUGAGGCCAAAGCUGCUCAACACUUCAUGUGUUCACCUGGUGUGUCGUCGGCGCCGAUGUAUAUGGAACCAGAACGAAGGGUUGGUCUUCAUCGUCCUCCUCCUCAUCGCUGUCAUUCUGUAUGUUGUAAAGUGACUAGAGUCCAGACAGUUGUGGUGUCUCCAUGUCCCAGUGGCUUCUGGGAACGAAUAAAAGUGUACAUGAUGAUUCAGUAACGAUGCUAAUAACAUAAAUAAUAACCUUUGUAAUUUAAUAAACACACACUGGAAAGACA